CGAUGUUGGGUGGCAUCAGGUCACAUGAAAGAAGGAAGUAUGGCUGCAGUGGGCGAGGAGGAGUUCGCGGCGCUUCAGAUCUUGUUGAAAGCUUCAUCGAAGGAUGUAGUUCGGCAGUUAUGCCAGGAGUGCUUUUCUAGCUCUGCAAGUGGUUCUGACAAACUGAUCGAGAACACGUGUUCCAGUCUCUCGGUUACCCCAAAUGAAGCAAGUCAGCUGAUCCGAUCUUUGCACAAUCUUACAAGACACACAGUCUAUCAUGGCCUGACACCACCAGAAGAAAUUCUCACCCUCUUUCCAGAAGGAUUCCACCAGAAUCUAAAAAACCUCUUGACCAAGAUAAUCCUGGAAAAUGCCUCUGCCUGGAGAAAUGAAGCACAAGCCAGUCAAAUUUCCCUGCCCCGGCUUGUGGAUCUGGACUGGAGGGUAGAUAUCAAGACCUCCUCGGACAGUAUCAGCAGAAUGGCUGUCCCUACCUGCCUGCUGCAGCUGAAGAUUCAGGAAGAUGCUGCCUUGUGUGGGAAUGACUUCACAACCUCAGCAUUGACAGUAGAGUUGAAUAAGCAAACAUUGGACACUAUGUUAGAUGGCCUGGGAAGGAUACGGGACCAGCUUUCUGCCGUUGCAAAUAAAUAAAGCCUUCUGGCUAAAGGAUUCCAACAGCUUUUCACAUGCGGAAGAUAACUCUCCUAUCUUGCCAACCUGGCUGUGAUAUUUUACCAACAGCCAAUCUUUGGGUUUCUCUUCCUCUUCAUAACCCAAACAUCAUUGUUAUUUUUUUACUUUUCAAUGAAAUGGCAUGGUUUUCUUCCCCUUCAGAAGCAAAGACUUCAACACUUUCUUGGUCCGAUGCCUGACAUAAGCUCAUAAUGAUGAUCAGGACCGCCUCUUGUACAUAUUCCUAGAGAGGCUCAUAACUCAGCUUGUAGCAGGAACAAAGAGCAGCCGAUGAAGUGGACUGUGUCUUUUGCCUCUGAAAUGGGGGACUAAGAAGCAUGGCUAGCUUGCAGCCUCAGCGCACUCUUGAAAGGUGUUUGCUGAGAAGUGUGGGGUGUUGGUCUUUUCCUCCUCACUGAGGCACAGCUUCUGAAACAGAACAUCCAGGCUGCAGUGCGUUCUCUCACGUGGCAGACAUGCCUCAUGUGUGAACUUUUCAGUUCCAAGUUUAAACGGCUGGAAUGAAUUCAGUAGCAAGUAGCACCAAUCUGGUGAUGGAGGAGAGAAAGUUUUGACACUUUGUAUUUGUGUUAACAGGAGGCUCUGUGAUAGACUUGGAUGUACUGAGAAAGGUUGCUAAUGGCAACUGGCUCCUGUAGCAACAAAGGCACUGCACACAUUUAUGAAUUAUUAAGUGUUUCAUUUAAAAGACAACUAUUGUGCUAGAUAGAUUUAUGUUUGCUUUAAAUAAAUAAAUAAAAACGGGACCUUUUCCUUGUU